AUGUCAGAUGAAAUCAAUUCUCUGCCUAAUACUACUCACGGUAAUCAAGCAUUACUCAUCAAUCAAUCUGAAAAUGAAGCAACCGAUCUGGCUGUGUGUGUUGAAGGUGCAUGGAAAAAUUAUGGCUACUGGUGGAAAUCAAUGACAGCUUUACAUGAUGUGACUCUUCAUGUUCCGACCGGAUUUAUAUAUGGUUUGCUAGGUCCAUCUGGGUGCGGGAAAACGACUCUAUUGAGAUGUCUCGUUGGUCGUUUACAACUUAAUCGUGGCGAAGUUACUGUACUUGGACAACGACCUGGUGCUCGAGGGCAUCAAGUACCUGGACGUGAUGUUGGUUUUAUGCCACAAGAAACCGCGCUCUACAAAGAUUUUUCAAUCUCGGAGAUGCUCCAUUAUUUUGGUCAUCUUCAUAAUAUGAAUAGAAAAGAUAUUUUGUCGAGAGAAAAAUUUCUCCUUUCAUUUCUUGAUCUACCUUCUCGUACAAAAAAGAUUACUCAAUUAAGCGGUGGCCAACAACGUCGUGUAUCAUUAGCAUGUGCACUACUUCAACAGCCGCAAUUAUUAUUACUCGAUGAACCAACUGUUGGCGUUGACCCACUUCUCAGAGAAAAAAUUUGGAGUCACCUUAUUCAUAUUUCUAAAACAAGUCGAACAACGAUUAUAAUCACAACUCAUUAUAUUGAAGAAGCACGAAAAGCUAAUCGAGUUGGUCUAAUGCGAAGUGGUCGAAUGUUGGCUGAAGAUGAGCCAACACGUUUACUAGCCAAAUAUAAUCAAACGAGUUUGGAAAAUGUCUUUCUCAAUCUAUGUCGUGAAGAUCAAAAUCGUGUUCAGCAAAGUCCAAAGAACAGUAUAGAUAAAACUGAUCCAACUGAUAAUCAAGAUGCUCCCGAGACUCCUCACUCACCCGUUCUUGACUUGACAACGGGAGAAACACCAUAUUCACAAAUUCGCAGAAAAGAACUAGUAAAAAAUCCGGUACUACGCGCCAGGCGAGCUGCAGUUGAUUGUUGUAUUUGUCCCCAGAUGCAUAAGAUUUAUGCAUCUAUGGUCAAAGACUUGACAAUGAUUAAAAGAAGCAUUGGGUUUUUAAUUUUUCAAUUUUUCAUUCCUGUUGUACAAAUUUCCCUUUUUUGUCUUUGUAUUGGUCGUGAUCCUCAACAUAUUCCUAUGGCACUCUACAAUAGUGAAGCAGUACAUGGAUUUCCGACUGGAAAUCUAAGCUUACAUCUGCUCAAUAAAAUCAAUCCUAAUCAAAUUCAUUUCCAAUCUUUUAAUGAGUUGAACAAAGCUGUCGAUGCUGUUAAAGAAGGUCAUUAUUGGGGUGUCGCAGUAAUUAGGUACAAUUUCUCUCAAGCCAUUAAGCAUAAACUAAUUUCAAUGAAAACUGAUCCAGCAACUCUCAAUGCAUCGUCCAUUCAUUUGCACCUCGAUAUGACAAAUCAACAAGUCUCUUUCGUGAUGCAAAAUGUCAUAUUGACUAGUACUCAAUUGUUCUUGAAAGAUAUUCUAGCUGAACAUAAGGUCGAUCCAGCACUUGCUGAUCCACCUGUUAUCAUAGAGAAUCCAAUAUAUGGGGCAAAAGUUCAAAAUUUUCUCAAUUUUGCUGCACCGGGCAUGAUGAUAUCGAUCAUAUUCUUUUUGGCAAUUGGUUUAACAGCAUUGAUAUUCGUGGUAGAAAAGAAAGAAGGUCUUCUCGAACGCAGUUGGAUUGCAGUUUAUCCAAAUUAUUUUAAUGAUUGUUUUUGCUGA